AUGGCCAUACCCUCGACCGUGCUCUCGACCUUCUCGAUGACUUUGAAAGAACAGGCCCAAGAUGAUCAAGGAAUCGUUGAUUUCGGGCAACUUGUGGAUCUAAUCGAUAUCGGGAAAGGCUCUUUGGCAACCAAGCCAUGUCAAGGUCAGAAGAUCGAUGUGACAAUCAAACUGGCUAUCGAUAUCUUGCAGAUUGUCGUGCCUCUGUGUGUUGUGGAUCCAAUCCAUCGUCCCAUGGAUACGAAACGGAAGUCGCAGGGCGUCUGGGAACAGGUCUUCGAUACCCUAUUUGCGAAAACAGUCGUUAAUGCUGUCUUUGAGAUGAAGGCCCUGCAUUCGACUGCAGAUGAGGUGGAGGUGAUGAUUGGACGUGAACUCGCUCUUCAAAGAUUGAACUAUGGAUCAGAGGAUGCCACACCCAUGUCCACAUUCUUGAAAGUUCGGACCUUUUAUACUCCCAAGAAGAACAGAUCCAUGCCUUCGCCCAUGAAGUAA